AUGGAUUUCAACGUAACCUCACGAAAACGAGCCGCACCUUCAGUAGCGCAGGGUCCCGGCACGGUCGGCGCCGACGGUCGCGGCGUAGGUCUGUCGGGAUGGAAAUCCUCCGCAGGAAGCGGCGGAGCUUCCGCGUGCCAGCUGUCGAUGUACGACGAGGCGCCGGUGGGGGAAGAGGUGGCCAUGGAGCAAUUCGAGGAGUUCGCGCUGGACCGGCUCCGGGUGCUCAAGGCGAUCGACGACGCCAAGGCGCGCGGAACAAAGGUGGACGAGCUCGACAGCAUGGUGUCAGACAUAUGGCGGAAGUACAUGCGAGCUGGAUGCUCAUUGGCUGACGCUCGUCGCAAAGACGUCAUAUCGCACUACAUCCUGCGACUCGCCUACUGUCGCACGGAGGAGCUACGGCGGUGGUUGUUGGCGCAAGAAUCGGCUCUAUUCCGCCACAGGUUCCGAGCUGAGACCCCUGAAAACCAGAGGUGGUUUUUGGAGAGCAAUGGCCUUCCCUAUCGUGCUAUUGGCGCAGCAGAGAUGACGGGAGUGCGAGAGAAGCUCACUCAAGUGGCCAGGUCCCUAAACCUACCUGUUCCAAAUGUCGACAGUGUCUUCUACAAGGUUCCAUUCGAGGAGGUUCCUGAUUUGGUGGCUUCUCGCAGGGUUUAUCUCGAAAAGGGCUUUGCCUUUGUCCCCAGAGACCAGCUGGCGGCCAUUGUGGUUGGUCAAUUUCGAGCCAAGCUGUCCAAAGCACUCGUGGCAACCAACAGGAAGUGGCUUGCCCACAUACAAGAAGACGAGCAAGAACGCCUGACACCAGUGAUUGAGGCUCUCAGCACACGCUAUCUAGGCCCUGACUUCUCCCAGCCUGGCGAGACUGCUGAGGUGUCGCUCCGUGAUUUGGACGUUGUGGCGCGGCAGUCUUUUCCGCUCUGCAUGCGACACCUCUUCUUCAAG